AUGCUUUGGCAGCCGCUCUGCUCGGCGACUGCGACUUCAGCGGUCGACUCCCCAUUACCUUCCCUCGACGGCUCGAAGACCAUGGCUCCAACGCCUGGUUCCCGGGAGAGGCUGCGCAGGACCGAGGUGGUCCAGGUAUAUGUAGCGCCAUCAGCCCAGAUCCGGGAGGCUGGGGAAAUGAGCUUCCCCAAGACUCUGGCGGGCUUCUGUAAAAUUGCUGUACCAGCAGGAGUGUCGCGAGAAGUGUCGAUCCCCAUCCGGGGGUCGGAGCUGAGCUGGUACGAUACUCGGGUGGCGCAGUGGCGAUUGGAUGCGGGCAAGUAUGCCUGCUGGGUUGGUCGAAGUAGUAGCCAGAUUGAUGCGGAAUUGAAGAUUGAGGUGGCAGAGGGAGACGACACAGACAUGGGACACUAG